AUGAGCUGUGAACUGUCAUGGAUUGUCAAGGACAUUGCUAGUGAGCACCCAGAACGAUUUUUCGUGGCUGAGAUCGUCAGAGAAAAGAUCUUUAUGCAAUACCGUAACGAAGUUCCUUAUGCAUGUCAGGUUAAUGUGGUAAGCUACAAAACCAGGCCAAAUGCAAAAGAUUUCAUUCAAGUUGAGAUUAUUGUUGAGAAAAUCACACAGAAGAUUAUCCUCAUUGGCAAGGCAAGUACAACAUGGUGGGAUGAGACAGCCAGACAAGUGCCUUUUCUUCUACUAGAAGUUUUUGGUGAUAUUACGAGAGGUAGGAAAGGGGCGGGAGGUAUCCGAUACAGGGGUUUAGGCCAAAAAAGUUCUUUACCAGGAUCUUGGUUCCAGUCACAUUGGAAUGAGGACAAAAGUCCAAACCAAAAAGGAUGGAGAAGAAGAAUAUUGCGGUCAAAUUGGAAUGAGGACAAAAGUCCAAACCAAAAAGGAUGGAGAAGAAGAAUAUUGCGGGUUGGGGAAUGGGGUAAUAUUGCCUCAAGAGUUAGGGAUUGUGGAAAGCUCCUAGUGUUAAGUUUUGCUACCGUGGAUAGAGUAGCAGUUGUCCGGGAGAGAGUGAAGAACUCAGCUUGUCUUAGGGAAGUGGAAGUGCUGGGGGGCACUAUUCACAGAGUGCCUCUACUCAACCGCCAGGCUGAGGCCCUUAAGUCAUCCCAUAAGUUGACAAUCAACUGUGUUGCUUUAAUAACCAUAGGAAGCUAUGUCACUCAAGGCUCUCCGGACCUGCUCCAACCUAGGCGGGUGUCUGGCGUCAGACACAAUGCUUCUAGGUAG